ACGACGACAACGACCAUUGCGUGCCCAUCGACGGCCUGCAGCCAUUGCCGCAGCCAUGAUUGACGACGUUUUGUACCUAUACGGUGGUGACCAACCCUGGGACUCGUCCCUGUGGGAGACGUCGGACGACCGCGUCCGCGGCGGCGCCAGCCAGUCGCACCUCACCGUCGACAACCCCGAGCGCGCGCGCUUCCACGGGCACCUCGACACGACGGCCCUCGGCGGCGCCGGCUUCGCCUCGCAGCACAGCAUCGGCGAGCUGGCCCUGGACCUGCGCGACUACGAGGGCAUCAUAGUGGCCGUUGCCGGGCCCGACGAAGCCGACGGCAAGCGCUACGCCCUGACGCUCAAGGACAGCCUGCCCCCGCCGCGCGACGACGGCCGCGAGCAGUCGGGCGUGAGCUGGGAGGCCGAGUUCGUGGCCAAGAAGCCCGGCGACGUGAAGCUGCGCUGGGACGACUUCAAACCCACGUACAGGGGCAGGCCCAAGCACGACGCGGAGCCGCUGAAUCUGGGGGACAUUAAGCGCGUUGGGCUGAUGAUGCGAAGCUUCUUCGGCAAGCAAGAGGGCGACUUCUCGCUCCAUCUGCACGGCAUCGUCGCCUUCAAGCAGCUCCCGGCAUCGACGGCCACGACGGUCGUUGCGGACCACGAGGAGGAGGAGGAGAAGCCCAAGAAGGAACUGCAGCGGGGCAACACUAGGAAGGAGCUCCGGCGCAACGAGUCGGAUCUGGAAGAGUUCCCGACGCGGCCGGCGGUGCAGAAGCGCCCAUGGUGGCGGAAGCUGCUGUGUGGGCUGGCCUGAGCGGGCGGUCCGCCUGAACUGCAUCGCGCAGCAUUCUCUUUUGCCGAAUUUUUCCUUUUAUCGAGCGAGCACACUGUACUGUAUACUAUACUACGCGACGGGGCGCGCACACGAUUGAUAGAACCGUAUCCAUCUCCUACUUUGUGUGUGGCAUCAACGACGGUGCUGUCUUGUGGUGGGUGGGUGCUCUCUGUGCUCAGUCACUGCCGGGA